GAUGUUGGGCCCCCGCGGCGUGACGCGAGCACGGCAGCUCCGCCCCCUGCGUCUCUGGCCUCGCCGGCCUUGGGGGGAUGGUUCCAUCAUGGCGUCAAUGCAGAAACGACUACAAAAGGAACUGUUGGCUUUGCAAAAUGACCCACCUCCUGGGAUGACUUUAAAUGAAAAGAGUGUUCAAAAUUCAAUUACACAGUGGAUUGUAGACAUGGAAGGUGCGCCAGGUACCUUAUAUGAAGGGGAAAAAUUUCAACUUCUAUUUAAGUUUAGUAGUCGAUAUCCUUUUGACUCUCCUCAGGUCAUGUUUACUGGUGAAAAUAUUCCUGUUCAUCCUCAUGUUUAUAGCAAUGGUCAUAUCUGUUUAUCCAUUCUAACAGAAGACUGGUCCCCAGCGCUCUCAGUCCAGUCAGUUUGUCUUAGCAUUAUUAGCAUGCUUUCCAGCUGCAAAGAAAAGAGACGACCACCAGAUAAUUCUUUUUAUGUGCGAACAUGUAACAAGAAUCCAAAGAAAACAAAAUGGUGGUAUCAUGAUGAUACUUGUUGAUGCCACUGUUACCAUCCUCCUAGCAGAAGAUAGUCCUACUGAGAAAAUGAGCACUUUGAUCAUUCAGUCUUUGAACUUUAACCUUUGACUGGAAGUGACCUAUAGGCAAUGAAGACUACUUCCUUUUACUGCAUUUUUACUCGUGUGCAUUCUGGGCGCAUGUUGAUCGCUGGUUCAGUCCAGGCAACUGACAUGCUUUUAUUAGUCAUACAGUAUUAAUGCAGGUGUCAGGAAAUGUCAGAUAUAAUUCCAUUUUUAAUUUUUAUUUUUUUAAGCUUUCGGAAAAGUUCCAGGUCCUCAUGUAUUGUGCAAUAACAAUGACUUCCUUGGCGGUUUUGGGACGUUCAUUGCCGGCAAUGGACGUUAUAAUAGGAAAAGUUUUCAUUAACUCCUGCCACUCAACGAUUCAUGCAUGAUAGGGCCUAUGAAAUGAAUUUAUCGGUUAUAGUGGGAUUAUAAAUAAAGUGAGGGGUCCAACAUUACUUUGAAAGUCACCCCAGCUGUUUAUAUUUGGAUUCUAUGCACUGUGAUCCUACGGUUAACAGCAUGAAUUAACAUGCGUCUUUAAAGGACUGUAAUGAAAGAUCAUUGCAUAUUUAUUUAAUUGUUUAUAUCUGCUGUCAAAUUGUUUUGACAUGGAAGGUUUUCAAGUAACAUUGGCAGAGAGGUACAAUAUGUUAUCCCUAUGGUGAAAAUAAAUUCAUUUGUUGUAUAUAGUUCCUCAAUCUCUGAAGUAAAGGUAUGAAUAAUAUAGGGUAUGAAUGGUUUAAUCAAGGCUUUAUUUUGGAAGUAAGAAAAAUGGCGGUGAUGAUUAAAUUGCUGCAGUCCCUAAUUUGGGCUUGUUAUUUGUACAUUAAAGAUUUUUUUCCAAGUAGAUUACACUCUGUUACUUCCUGCUAGCCAUCAGCAUGAGCCCUACUGCUUAAACACUAUUUCAUUUAUUUAUGUUUGGAAAAUCCAUAAACAUUUUUGUUUGCAAUCUUGUUUCUUUUGUUAUGUUUUAAGUCAAGUUUGAAUGUUACGCUACUUUUAUUGAAAAACUUUGUCAAUUUUUUUCUUGUAAAUUUUCUUUACUUGUAAGUAUCAUCUUGUCCUUUAAUCCUGUACCCUAAAAUAAGAAAUACAUUUUUGACAGAGGCUUAAUGUUUUAACAAAAGAGUGUGGACAUUUUUAUUUUAAAAUUUAGGCAAAAUUACACUAUAAAAUGGUAUGUUUGCUUAUUUGUCUCACCCAACCAUACAGUUUUUCCUGGAGGGUUUUGUUUUUUCUUGUUGUUGAAAAGACUUUGCUUACAGCUAGAUAAAAAUUUUUUAUAGAAAAAAAAAUUGUUGAAAGGUUCAAUUCUCAGUACCAUGUAAGUUAAUGAUACUACAGCUAGGUUCUCUUUUUAAAAAGCAAUUAAUGUAUUUUAUAAAUUACCUUUUCACAUAUGCAAAAUCUGUUUCUACUACAAUGUUAUUUUUACUAAUGCCUUAUUGCACUCUUUUUGAAGUAUCCUGCAGUGAAUAUGUGAAUCAAUUUGGUCUUAAAAAUGAAAGCCAAUUGGCUGAAAGGUUUGAAAUAUAUACCCCAGUAAAACCAACCCAAUCAACAAUUGGUAAAGAAUAUUUUAGAAAUUGUUUUUAAUCUGUAUAGAUGACAUUUUGUAGCUUUGUACAUGUUGUUAAUUAAGGGCAUAUAAUUUUACACUCUAAAAGUAUAAUCGCUGAACUCAGGGGUGGGUAGACUUAAAAAAUGUGUCUGCUGUAGAAAUAACUUGAAAAAAAAUUUAAACCAUGGCCAGCCACCAAAUUGUGGACAUUGUUUAUACCGCUAAUUAGCAACCACCACUUUUUAAAAAUUAUAAACAUUUUUGUUCUAUCCUGACUAGAUAUACAUAACUUCUCACAGUAACCUCAUAUCACCUUUAUUAGUUGGCCUGUUUAACCAAGACAGAAUCUUUGAAUUACUUACUUUUUAACUGCUUUUAAUAUGAAAAUUGCAGCUGUAAAUUAUGUAUUUUCAUAUUUUACGUAACUGCUCUAAACUACUGAUUGACUUGAUCUUUUUCUGGGGGGUAAGGAGGAAUCUGUUUCAAUAUUGCUGGUCCUCUUAUACUAAAAUGCUUUUCUAAAGAAAUGACCGGUGACAUUUAUUCACCAAAGGAAUCAAUAUACCAGGUCAAAGAUUAACAAUACUAUACUAUAGAUUAAUAGGUCAAAUAUAGCCUCAGUUGAGUUUUUUAUAACAGUAUUUUAGCAUACUUCUCUCUCUACAUAUAGAUACCAUAAAGUAAAUUUAAAUGAAGUGGAGGAAAAUAAAGGAAAACCAAACAAUUUCAGUACAUUUUAUGGUUUAAGGAGAAGAACAUAAGAUGAAAUACCGUAAAAUAUAAGAGCACCAACCAUUCAAAAUUCAUAAACAAAUUAACAUCACUCCCUUGAAUUUAGGAAUCAUUGAAAACUCCUUUGCACUUAGAUUUAAUUAAUUUACAUGUAAAUUACAUUAUUAAAAGUCAUAAGAUGUUUAUCUGAGUCAUUGCUCUACAGAGGGCAACUAAUGGCUUUGUAAUAAUACAAAGAACAUUUCUCUGUAGUAUGUUGCUGAAAAACGACCAGAAUAGCAAGAAAAUGUACAUAGGAAUAUGCUACUUCCCUCUUCCCUGCAUUCCCUCCAUGGGGCACUAUUUGCUGCAUAGGCCCGCAGAAUUAUACUUUCAUACUUAGAAAAAUAAUGUACUUUCUUUUUUAUUUAUUUAUUUAUUUAUUUUAGGCCAUUUUCUCGUUUGCCAAAUUCUGUUAAGACAGUGAUACAUUCAGUUCCGUAUUUAUGCAUGCUUAAAUCAUGAACUUGGUGCCCUUUCAAAAAAUUCUUUUGUCAAGUAGAGAUUAACAUCAUAGGUUUUAAAGAGAAAGGUUGUUUUUAGUUUUUUAAGAGAAGUUUUUAAAAAUACAUUUUAUGGCUGUUCUUUUAAGGAAUUAAUACUCACUUCUAAAGGACUUGUAAUGUGUAAUUCAUUCGUCUAGCCAGCAGGGUAAUAAAGCAUUUUUAAUCCCCAGAAGAAAGUGCUGAAAAUAGAUUUUAUAUAGGCAACAGUUCAACUGGAGAAAGAUCUUAAUCCUUGUUGUUUUGACUAGGUAUACAAAUGUUUGGUAUAAAGUAAUUAGAAUAGUUUAUUACUUUUUCCCUUAUGAAAUUUUAAAUAUAUGCAGAUACAUAUAUAUAUCAUUAGAUUCCUGUGGUGGAUAAUUUCUUCAGAUUCUAAAACAGGUAUCUAGUGACUGCUUAAUUGUUCCCAGAUUGCAUCAAAGAUGAGUUGAUAAUGAAAAUGAGUAGUGAUAUGAAAAUGGUAUGUAACUACAUAUUACUUGUUUCUGGUAAUCAAGUCUUACUUUUUAAAAGCCUAUUGUUUUUGAGAAUUGAGAUAUUUAAAACUUGUUAAAACUUCUUCCUAAAAAUAGAAGAGAAGAGGAGGUACUGUGUGUUCAAAAACUUUUUUUAAAUAAAGAAUUCGGUGUCACUA